UCCAGCUGGCAGCUUCCUUUUCUGCAUCUACUACAUUUAUCAUUUUUCCUUCUACCUACAACUAACCACCUGCUCCUACAUCUAAUACAUGUACAAUCCUUUCCCAUUCAUCCCUAGCUCACCGAUCACACUUUAUCUUCCACUUGAUCCACUUGGCCUACAUUAACUCAUCACCUCUCCAGACAUGGACACCUCCUACCCCCGUGAAGAUAUUUUCACCACCCACCCCAACAAGCCAGAUAAUGCCCAUACUGUUGUCGAUAUUGGAGCCCCCAAAACUCCCAGAGAUCAUCUGCUCUGGUCCUUGUGUAAUACCGUGUACCUGAACCUCUUCUGUCUUGGCUUCAUGGCUUUGGUCUACUCUGUCAAGGCGCGAGACCAGAGGGUGCAGGGGAACGAGCCGGCCGCUCGACGUUAUGGUCAGAAGGCACGAUGCUACAAUAUCCUGGCCACGGUGUGGAACAUUGCUCUCCCCGCUUUGGUCAUGGCUCUGGUGAUCACAGGCAUUGUGCACCUGUCACAGGUGGUAAAUGCUUCCCUUGACCUCUUCAGCCUUCGAGGCUACUUGGACAAUACUGAUGAUGACAGUAAUUGAACAAGAGAAAAGUAAUAGUUACACACUGACCAAAAGAAAUAUAUUAAAAGUUUCAGAAGAUCAACCAAGGAUAUUCAUGGUACAACCCCCAAAGAUCACUUGCGAAAGCAUUUAUUCCUGAGAAGAACAAUUAUACAUCACACGAAGCUUUGAUUUAGUCCUUCCCGCCGAUGGCAGGCUAAGGCAGGACUUCUUAUAGUAACUGUAGGACUGGUUUUCCCUGUCCUCGGCUUGGAUCAGACUCCUGCAAAGUCUUCUUCUGAUAGAAGGUAACAAGGCCGAGUGAAUCAAGAAAGGCUAAUUAGUUCAAAAGAAUAUUGAGAUAUUUAGUAUAUGACGAAGCCAAACAAUGGACAACUGAAAAGAGCAUGGACAUCUGAGAAGAUACAGAACCAUGCCCACGUGGUUAUUAAAUAAAAAGAUAUAAUGUCAAGAUACAAAUCACUUCAACGUGUCACCAGCAAUGGGGUGAACAAUAUUAUUGA